CAUCAACAGGCGACUCUCGUGUGCUUGUGCGACUCCAGUUGCAGACUCCCUCUCCCAUGUCAUUUUGUACAUUUAAAAAAAAAAAAAAAAGGACUUUAAAAUGCCCAUGAAAGGAAGAUUUCCGAUCAGGAGGACUCUGGAAUACCUCCAGAAGGGUGACAUCAUCUUUAAGAACAGAGUGAAGAUCAUGACGGUCAAUUACAACACGCACGGAGAGCUCAGCGACGGAGCAAGAAAGUUUGUGUUCUUCAAUAUUCCUCAGAUUCAGUACAAAAACCCGUGGGUCCAGAUAAUGAUGUUCAAAAAUAUGACCCCAUCACCGUUCUUGAAGUUCUACCUGGACGAUGGGGAGCAAGUCCUGGUGGAUGUGGAAGGGAAGGACUACAAACAAAUUUCAAAACAUGUGAAUACGAUUUUGGGCAAAUCACAAGAAGUGUUACAAGCUGAGGCUGAAGCCAAGAUGCAGGCCUCCAACCCCGCCAACUUUGGGCCAAAAAAAUACUGUUUGAGGGAGUGUAUCUGCGAGGUGGAGGGCCAGGUGCCGUGUCCUGGCACCACGCCGCUUCCCCAGGAGAUGACGGGCAAAUACCGUGCCAAGAUGGCAGCUUUACAGGAAUGAGGAGAGCGGACUUUUGUAGAUUCAAUGGACAAUAUUGAGGCACCGUGAUGUUAUGUUUGAUUUUGUACGAUUACAUAAAAAGGAUAUUUCUGUUGUGAAUAUGUGUAACUAAAUGGGUUCAACUGCGCUGUGUGCAUUGUGAGGUCGUCACAGGCUGACUUUCCAGUCCACCAUAAACAGAAGAAUGACAUUGUGGGCAGUUAAUACUUGGUCUUGGUUUGGAUAACUUGACUUCCCACCUGGUAUUUGUAGAUGAUGUGAAAAACCCACCCAUCUGGAUCCAGCACAGUGUUACUCCACAAUGUAAACAUUCAAAUAAACUAAUUUGCCUGUG